GUAGCACAAGCUUAAAGGCCAAGGCCCCCCCAACACUCUUAACAUUCCUAUUUAUAUCCCUCCAAAUCCCUCCCAAUUUUCUACACCUAACUCCCAUUUUUGCUUAGUCACAUUCUUGUUAGCUCUCUGCUUCACUAGUCAAGGCUCACUCUUCAAAGAAACAUGGCUUAUUUAGGGAUUUUCUUUGUUGGUUUUCUUGCAAUGGUGUCAUCUGUUUAUGGGAAUGGUGGAGGAGGUUGGAUUAAUGCUCAUGCUACUUUUUAUGGUGGUGGUGAUGCCUCUGGAACAAUGGGUGGUGCAUGUGGAUAUGGGAAUCUUUAUAGUCAAGGUUAUGGUACAAAUACUGCAGCAUUAAGUACAGCUCUGUUCAACAAUGGGUUGAGCUGUGGUUCUUGUUUUGAGUUAAAGUGUGUAAAUGACAGGCAAGGGUGUUUGCCUGGUUCCAUUGUGGUCACAGCUACCAAUUUUUGCCCACCAAACAAUGCCUUACCUAAUAAAGCAGGGGGCUGGUGUAAUCCUCCACUUCACCACUUUGACCUCUCUCAGCCUAUUUACCAACGCAUUGCUCAUUAUAAAGCUGGAAUUGUCCCUGUUGCUUACAGAAGGGUACCCUGCAGAAGAAGGGGAGGAAUCAGGUUCACGAUCAAUGGACACUCAUACUUCAACCUUGUACUAGUAACAAAUGUUGGUGGUGGUGGUGAUGUUCAUUCUGUGGCUGUUAAAGGAUCAAGAACUGGUUGGCAGCCAAUGUCAAGAAACUGGGGACAGAACUGGCAAAACAACAACAACCUUAAUGGCCAAACACUCUCAUUUAAGGUUACCACAGGUGAUGGGCGCAGUUUGAUCUCAUACAAUGUUGCUCCUGCUCACUGGUCUUUUGGACAGACAUACACUGGAGCUCAAUUCCGCUGAAAAAAAAAAAGUUUGGCUACUCAAGCAUUUAAUAGUUUAGUUAAAUGGGGUUUAAGAAUUUUAGUGUUAUUACUAGUAUUAUUAUGUAUACUGAAUUGGUCACUAGUAUUAGUAUUGUGACUGUUAGUAUAGAAUGGUGUACUCAAAUAGAGUAUAUAGGAGUGUAUGUCUAUCUUAGGGGGUCCAAGGGAUGGCCUUUAGGGUUAAAAAUGAAAAGGACAUAUUUUAAAGUUGUCCUUUUUUUGGGACCCUAAUUCUUGAGGCCACUCAUUUUAUGACUCUUUUAUUUUGUUUUUGGGGUUAUUUUGUAAUUUUUCCUUCUGUGAAGGGCAGAAGUGGAAAGCAGUGGUGGACUUUUACCACCCGCAGUUGGUAGGAGGUUAUCUUUUGGCAACUAUUUUAUUUUUCAAUGCUUCAGCCUAUAGCUGGAGAUGGACCCGGUUUUGUGUGAGACUCAUGUGUAAAGAUCCAUUUAACUAGUAAUGAUUCAAGAAGAUGAUGCUUAUGUAUUGAA